AUGCUGCAGACGUUUAACAAGAGCGAGACCAACAUUGCUCACUAUUCUGAGAAAAUUCUCACGCUACUCCUGGCCAACAAUUUCACAGCACCCGCUGCACUGCAAUCCACCGUGACUCGCUUCAUGCUGCCUCGCGGAGAGAUGUUCAUUGAACGAUUGCGAACGAUGGGUGCAGACUCGAUGUUUGCACGGCUGAUGCAGGCGAUGGUGGAGUUCGCAGUCACGCCCGUACUCUCCUCUCGCAUCCACAACUCCCCACAACUCCUCGCGCACAGAACACUAGGAGAUGCACCUAUGGCAUUCGGCCUAGUUGAGUUUGAAUCCGCAUGGAAUGCCGCCACCGAAGACCGCCCCCUCUGCUUCGAAAACCUCCUCCUCCCGGGGUUCUUUAAAGGAGUGGCUUUUCCGUCCCACCCCGACCAAGCCACCUACCUGGACCGGCACCUGAGGAUCAAGCUGGGACUGGAACCUCCGGAGAAAGUGGUGUGGGGGGCAGAUGGGGUGAAGGGGUGGCGGCCGCGGGUGCUGUAUAUCACGCGGCUGGGAGCCGAGUUGAAGGGUCGCCGAUGCUUCGUACCGGAGAGCCAUGAGGCGCUGCUGAGGCUCAUGGAGGAUUUGGACCUUCAGGUCACCAUGGUCGAGAUGGGCCAUCUGACGUUCCCCCAGCAGUUCGAAGCGAUGCAAUCAGCCGACAUCAUCAUAUCCCUCCACAGUGCUUCAUUCAUGAACGUGCCUCUCUUCGCCCGACGCAGCGUCGUCGUGAUCGAAAUCAUGCCCUACAAGGUGGUUCACGACUUGUACUACUCGCUAACUCUCAACUCCGGCAUUCCGUAUUUCCUCAAGAUGUGUCGCCAGGGGGAUGAGCAGGAGAGGGAUGCGGAUUUCAAGGAUUUGAACUCAUUUGAUUGCAUGCGCAAGCAUGCAGCAUGCAAGGCACACCAUGUUCACUUCCGAAGCGUGAAACUCACGGACCGGGAUUUGCAGGAUUUGAGAACGAUGCUGAUGGUUGCAAAGGGUGUGGUUGGUGCGAGGUUGGGGGCGUUUGGGAGGGAGCUUCAGCCUGACGAGCUGCCCGGGUGGGCAGAAGAAAAGUUUAAGGACGUGUGUGUUGCGCAUGAUGUGGAGUUAUUUGGUCCAAGGAGCGAUUUUCUACGGGUGCCCAAGCGCGGGAAGCCAGAAGAGGACUUCAUCUGUGUGUUUUCAAGGGAUGCUCGCGACGAUGCAUGA